AUGCUCCGAGUUUUCGACUCCGCAGCUCGCUACGUCGACCAGGGAGGAGGCAAACGGAAAGGUGCCUUUGCCGUGUACCUGGAGCCGUGGCACGUCGACGUGGAGGACUUUCUGGAGCUUCGCAAAAAUCACGGCAAGGAAGAGAACCGCGAGCGGACCUCGGAGCUGUACGAACAGUACGAGCGAGAGGGCAAGGCGCGCAAGACGAUUCAGGCGCAAACGCUGUGGUUGAAGAUUAUCGAGUCGCAGACGGAGACGGGUACGCCGUACAUGCUGUACAAGGACGCGAUCAACAAGAAGUCGAACCAGGCAAACGUUGGAAUUACCACUUUAUACAGACAACUGUCGACAAUCUGCAAGACACGUUGA